AUGACUUCCAAGGAAGAACCCAAGCCCUCCUCGGGGGAAGAACGGCGGCGGAGCCCCUUGGAUCACCUCCCACCGCCGGCCAACUCCAACAAGCCCCUCACCCCCUUCAGCAUCGAGGACAUCCUCAACAAGCCCUCGGUGCGGAGGAGCUACACCCUCUGCGGAGCGGCCCACCUCCUCUCCGCCGCCGAGAAGCACCCCCCAGCCGGUCUGCCCCUCUCCGGCCGGGCACUGCUAUCCCAAACCUCCCCGCUCUGCGCCCUGGAAGAGCUGGCCAGCAAGACCUUCAAGGGGCUGGAAGUCAGUGUGCUGCAGGCUGCAGAAGGCAGGGACGGGAUGACGAUCUUCGGACAGCGGCAGACGCCGAAAAAGCGUCGAAAGUCGCGGACGGCCUUCACCAACCACCAAAUCUACGAGCUGGAGAAGCGGUUCCUCUACCAAAAAUACCUGUCACCGGCUGACCGGGAUCAGAUCGCCCAGCAGCUGGGGCUCACGAACGCCCAAGUCAUCACCUGGUUCCAGAACCGCCGCGCCAAGCUCAAGAGAGAUCUGGAGGAGAUGAAGGCCGAUGUGGAAUCAGCCAAAAAGCUGGGCCCCAACCCCGCCGUGGACAUCGUGGCCUUGGCCGAGCUGGAGCCCAGUGCCGAGGGCAGGGGCAAAGCGAGGCCCGGUUCCCCACCGCCGCCGUCCGCCGCCGCCCGGGAACCCGGCGCCCCGCCACCGCCCCGCCCCGCCUCGCCCCCCACGGAGCGGCCCCGCAGCCGCCGGGACAGCGAGGAGGAGGAGGACGAGGAGGAGGAGGACGUGGAGAUCGACGUGGAUGACUGA